GGCUUUUUGGGUCUAACCCUAGCAAUCGUUUGCAUGUCGGUGGUUCUGCCAGCACCACUGACUCAUGCUACCGCACCUCCCUCGUCGUCUUACGUAAAAGGCAGAGUCGCUUACUACCGCAUGACCAGUGGCUUAGGAACUCCAACCGGAGCUUGCGGCUAUGGCGAAACCGGCGCGGCUUACAACUAUGGCAAUGUCGCCGACGCCUCUAGCAAGCUUUGGAAAAACGGAACCGUUUGUGGUGCAUGCUAUCAGGUAAUUAUAUUUUUUUGGGGUAGGAUCAGUGAAGGAGUGAACAUAGUGGUGACAGAUCGCGGUUUUGGGGACAAGGAAAGAGACUUCAUCCUCAGCUCGCACGCCUUGCAAAGCAUGGCUCUACCAAACAAGGUUUCCAAAUUGCUUCCAAAGUCUCUCCUCGACGUGAAGUACAAGAGAGUUCCAUGUCGGUAUCCUGGUCACGACAACCUGAUGGUCAAGGUAACGGAGCAGAGUGUAUAUGGAGAACAUUUGUCCAUUGUUUUGGUGUACCAAGGUGGCCAAUACGACGUUUUGGGCAUCCAAAUCUACGGUGGAAGUGUGAAGCAAUGGAAGGACAUGAAGCAUGAAGACGGUGCCGUUUAUGAUUUUCCUAAUCCACCAAAGGGUCCGAUUUCGCUCAAGCUGAAACUCAAGGAUGCUGGACUGCUAGGAGGAGUUGUGAAAUUCGUUAAGCUGGAUAAUGUUAUUCCGCGUCACUGGAAGGCUGGAGUUGCUUAUGACUCCAAGGUUAAGCUUGCUUAA